AUGAAAGAAAACGUGGAUCCUCGUCAGUCUCUGCUGUCCUUCGGCAGACAAGGGGAACAGCAUAGCGAUACUUCAUCCAGCAGCACUGCGCCAGUCUCUCGCAAUGCUGCAAACAUGGAAACACCGUAUCUGAUGCAGACAGCCAUGAAGCUCAAGCUGCUUCAGCGGACAUCUGCGCCUACUGAAGAUAUGGACGAAUUUGUGGAUGAGAUGGAAGACUCUGAAGACAGUAGUGAUGACGAAGGCAACGAUGAUGUAGUUGAAAAUAGCGAUCGCAGUGGUAUGCGAAAUGCUGCAAGCUCGGAUUGUAGCUCAAAGUACCCUGAAGAAUACAAAAAAGGGAACGUUCUGUGUGCUGUCGCCUGA